CGAGGAGCCAAAAGCUAGAAGGAAGGGGAAGCCGAGCGAGCCACGGGUCCACCCAGCUGGGCAGCAAGCCCCCCCCCCCACCCUUAGCAUCCUGCUGACCCCCUUCCUCGCCCUCCUCUUGCUCCCGGGACCGCGGGGCUUCUUGCAGUGCUGGGGAGUCCUGCUGGGGCUCUGCUCCCCCUCGGCCGCCUCAGGCUGCAGCCACUGGGCAGCUAAGGAGCUCGGACCCCCUCUCCAGCAGCCAAGCGAGCCCCCUCCCCAACAGGCCAGCAAGAUGUCGGAGGUGCUGCCCUACAGCGAGGAGAAGCUGGGGCCCUACGGCGACGGGGCGGACGUGGGGCAGCUGUCCUUCACCUGCCGCUUGCAAGACACCAGCAACUUCUACUCUGGGGGGCAGACCAAGCGGCCCCCCAAGCUGGGCCAGAUCGGCAGGAGCAAGUGUGUUGUGAUUGAAGACGACCGAAUUGAUGAUGUGCUCAAAAACAUUUCCGAAAAGCCACCUCCGGGCGUUUAAAUCUUUCCACAGAGGAGCUGAGUGAAAAAGAGGGGAAAUAUGAUAAUUUACCUUGUAACGUGUGCGUUGUUGGGGUAAAGACAUGAACAACAUCAAAAAGAGGGGGGAAGGAAAGAUACCCAAUUGCACUUUGAAGUUGUUAGCUGCUGAGCCAGUGAUCUACCUUGCAAAUUUGCAAAUCUUAAUAUCUGGCUCCGAGACAGACAAAGAUGGCUGAGGAAGGUGGUUUUUUUUUGCUUGCGCGCUUCCCCCUCCUGCAAACCAGUCAAACAGAAAAAUAGUAAUUUUUUAAAAAAGUUUGAAUUACAAAGUACAUAUUUCAGCAGUGACGUCUAAAUUAACAGCAACAUCCUUUUCCCCUGGAUGAUCAAUACUGUGUAAUUUUAAUCUGGGAUUUUUUUUUUGUAGAAAAAAAAAGUCCUUUAAAACAAUGAAACAGCGAAACGGUAUUUUUCUGACCUUGGGCGAACGUCACAGGUUAAGGUUGCUUCAAAUGAACACUUGUUUACAUGGUUCAACCCUGCAAAAACAAUGUAAUGCACUUGCGUAGAAUAUGCUCUGCGUUUCCAUUUUUUUAUGUCUGUAUUCUUGGAUGUCAAGGGGCGGGUGGGUGGGAAAGAAUGAUCUAUAAUUAUAAAUAUAUAAAAUAUAUAUAUUUAAUUCUAGCUAUCUUUUAAAGUCUCGACGGAAUGUGAGCGACCAAAACUUUUCUAAGGAAGGGAUUCUACUGAAGAAGGAUUCUUAUUUUUUAUUCUUUUUUUUUGUUCCUGAAAACUGUUCACAGAGCUGGUAUAUCUCAGUUGUGGCACAGAGGCGAAUAGAGAGAUUUAAUUUUAUAAGUGAAACCAGAGAUAGAAAAGUAUGUACGCUGCUUUUUUUUUUUAACUUAUCAAGCAACCUGGUAUAUGGGCAAGCUCAGAUUUCCUUUCUCUUUCUUCCAAAUAUUGUGGCAGGAUGCUCUCUUUAAUAAACUAUAAUUAAACACGUGAACAUUUUUUUUAAAAAAAGAAAAGACAAAAAAAUUAAUUGUAAAAAAACAAACAGUUGUGCCAAAUAUCUUGAAAUGCCAUUUUUCUUUUCAUGUUUCCUAUUUUGUGAUCUUGAGUCAGUGUAAAGUUGCACUUUGUACCCAAAUUCUGUUCUUUCUAAGCUAUUGACUGACUAUCUAGGUAUAUAAACCUCUCUUUGCUGAUAACAGCUGAUUUGAGGAGUCUUCUGGAUUUGGUUUCCUUUCUCUCAGUUCUCGAUUUUAUUAUUAUUAUUAUUAUUAUUGAUUAUUAUAAUUAUCAUUAUUUUUGCAUGAUUUGCAAAAGAAGACAAACAUGCCUCCAGAGGAGAGGAAACUAUUUUUUUUUCUCGGCUGUUCUGUUUACGACUCUCAAAUGACAUUGUGACGGGGACUCUUUUACUUAAGAACCUUGUGUCUCUUGCACUUCCGUCUAUUGCACAGGGCUAUUUCUGAAAUGUACAAUAAAAUAAACGAAAACAAG